AUGAAGCGAUGCCGGAAGGAGGAAAAGUUCGAGCAGCGCUUACGAAGAACCAAACCAACGAGUAGUAAAGGUGGCAUAAUUACUUUCAGUUGCACGGGGGACUUCGAGGAAACCCAGUCAGAAGACUCAGAAGGAGUUAGUGGUGGCUACAAAAAUGAGCGUACUCAACAGGCGAGACCCUACGCAACAAGUGAAGUUAGAACAGUUCAUGAGCCACUUCAACCAGGGACGUUCAAAAUUGAUGGAAGCCGUCGAGAAUUGACGAGAAAUUCCUUCAAAGAGAAAAAAGUUUUGGUUUGCGAGCUCUACAAACAGGGCAUGGACGAGUUCAAAAAGGCGGAAGCCAUAAACGUCAUGGAUGUUCCGAUCGAAAACAGGAAAGAGGUCGCUGAUUGCAAAGAAAAAAUGAAAGGCUACCAUCGCAGUGCGCAGGAGCGCUUUAUUAUUCUCAUGAAUAAAAUAAAAGGCACAACCAGACCAACUCAUGCAACUUCGCUUCCUGGUACUUCAAGUGCUCGCGUCGCUUCUCCUGGACGAAGAGGAGCUCGACUGAAUUCCGCACCAGCGCUCAUGUAA